AUGGUUGCUCAAAAAAACAUCGAUCGAAGUUCGUUGGUGGAGAUCAAGACGGUGAAGUUGGAUGUGAGUUGAAAAUCUGAAAAUUUUGAGCCCGAAAUCAUGAAAAACGGCCCGAAAUGGCCUAAAAUCCGAAAAUUUCCAGGAAAAACCACCCGAAUCACCGGAAAUCGUCAUUUUGGAGCAUCAGGAUGAGCCAAAACCAUCGUCCUCCGAAGAUCCCAGGUAAAAACAACGACACUCCGCGUUUACACCCCGAAAAAUGAUGCAUUUUGAGGUUUUAAACGAUACUCCGCGUUUACGCGGUUGCUUUUGCUCAAAAUUCAUCAUUUUUAGUGGUGUAAACGCGGAGUAUUGUAGUUUAAACGAUACUCCGCGAUUCCGCACUCAAAUUCUACCGAAUUUCAGACAAAUCAUCUCGCCGGCUGAAAAUAUCCCGAAAAAUGUUCAAAAGUUGUCUAGAAGUGCGAGGAAACGAUUGAGGCAAGCGAAAUUAUUGACGCCCGCUGAUUCCACACCUGCCACGUGGGUUUUGAAACGACACUCCGCGUUUACACCGUCGAAAAUGAUGGAUUUUGAGCUAGAAAUCGUCGAAAAUGACCGCGUAAUCGUGGAGUAUCGUUUAAAAGCUACAAAUAACCGCGUAAACACGGAGUAUCGUAGUUUCAAACGAUACUCCGCGAUUACGCGGUUAUUUUUCAUGAUUUUUAGCUCAAAAUCCAUCAUUUUUCGCAGUGUAAACGCGGAGUGUCGUUGUUUUUAGCGGGAAAUUCAAAAAAUUCAAAUUUUUUGCAGGAAAGAUCCGGAAAAUGGUUGGAAAAAAAUCAAAUUGAUUGGAAUUCAGGCAACAUACUACAAUGAUCUCAGCAUUUUGUUCAGGGUGAGUUUUUUUGGGCCGUAAACGUGGAGCAUCGUUUAAAAGCUAAAAAUCAUGACAAAUAACCGCGUAAACACGGAGUAUUGUAGUUUCAAACGAUACUCCACGAUUACGCGGUCAUUUUCGACGAUUUCUAGCUCAAAAUUCACCAUUUUUCACGGUGUAAACGCGGAGCAACGUUGUUUUUUUCCAGAAAACCCCCAAAAUUUUGGCCAAACAUUCGGAAGAAGUCAAAGAAGCUGCUAGGAUCUUCAAAAAUGAAUAUGUAGGUUAAAAAAAUGCGAUUUUCAUGGCUAAAAUCCGAUUUUUUUCAGAAAAGACAAGUUUUUGCACGGAAAUCUUCAGAAUCUGACCAAAAAUCCUAUUAUGAGCAAUUGAAAUCGGAAUUAUUGGCUGAAAUUGGAGCUGAAAAUUCGGAAAAAUCGAAAAAAGUGGAGAAAUUGGCUGAAAAAUAUGUGAAAACCCCCGAAAAUCGAGAAAAAUUGGCUGAAAAUCCGAAAAAUCCAAAAAUUCCCUCACUUUUCGAUGUUCAAGUCGCUGAAACCGCUCAAAACAUCCAAAUUCAGCAGCCAGCGCAAGCAGUGGUGAAAUUACGACUCUAUGAGCCGGUAUAUCAGCAGUACGGUAGGUUUUUGCACGAAAAACUACGACAUUCCGCGUUUACACCGCGAAAAAUGGUGGAUUUUGAGCUAGAAAUCGUCGAAAAUGACCGCGUAAUCGUGGAGUAUCGUUUGAAACUACGAUACUCCGUGUUUACGUGGUUAUUUGUCAUGAUUUGUAGCUUUUAAACGAUACUCCACGAUUACGCGGCUCAAAAUUCAUCAUUUUUCGCCGUGUAAACGCGGAGCAACGUUGUUUUUGCAGCCGCAGCCCCAAUCUACACCCAACAAUAUCUCCAACCACAAAUACAGUACCCCACACCUCCAAUUUUGGCGCCAAAAGAAUUAUCGAUUGAUUUCGGCAUCCCGCAGCCGAUUCGCAAAGAAAAAUGCCAAGAAAAAAUGUCCGAGGAGCAAAUCGCUCAACUUUUGCAAAGAAUUCGAGACGCCUCGAAGUCGCCGGAGAGAAAUGGUGAGAUUUCAACGAUGCUCCGCGUUUACACGGCGAAAAAUGAUGAAUUUUGAGCUAGAAAUUGUGGAUUUUUGAGUUUUAAACGAUGCUCCGCGUUUACGCCGCGAAAAAUGAUGCAUUUUGAGCUAAAAAUCGUGGAUUUUUGAAUUUUAAACGAUACUCCGCGUUUACGCCGCGAAAAAUGAUGCAUUUUGAGCUAAAAAUCGUGGAUUUUUGAUUUUUAAACGAUACUCCGCGUUUACGCCGCGAAAAAUGAUGCAUUUUGAGCUAAAAAUCGUGGAUUUUUUGAUUUUUAAACGAUACUCCGCGUUUACGCGGUGAAAAAUGAUGCAUUUUGAGCUAAAAAUCGUGGAUUUUUUGAUUUUUAAACGAUACUCCGCGUUUACGCCGCGAAAAAUGAUGAAUUUUGAGCUAGAAAUCGUGGAUUUUCGAUUUUUAAACGAUACUCCGCGUUUACGCCGCGAAAAAUGAUGCAUUUUGAGCUAGAAAUCAUCGAAAAUGACCGCGUAAUCGUGGAGUAUCGUUUGAAACUACAAUACUCCACGGAAAAUCAUGAAAAGUCGGAGAUUUUUGAUUUUUAAACGACGCUCCGCGUUUACGCCAUGAAUUUUGAGCUAGAAACCAUGAAAAAUGACCGUGUAAUCGUGGAGUAUCGUUUAAAACUACAAUAUUCCGCGUUUACACCUCAUAAUGCACUAUUUUUAGUGGUGUAAACGCGGAGUGUCGUUUAAAAUUCAUCAAACUUCUUCCAGAUUCCCCACCACCACCAACAUCCAGCCAAUACAUCCAAACUCAGGCCUAUCCAGGCCCCUCUCAGGCCUAUCCAGGCCCCUCUCAGGCCUUUUCAGGCCCCUCACAAGUCGGCCCCGGCUACAAUCUACUCGCCGAUCGUUGGUGGGAAAAACCACUGCCGCAAGUUCAGCCAGAUGCUAGAACUAUGGCUGAGAAUCUGGUGAAUGGAAUUAUUGAUGAAAGUGUGUUUGAGAUACAGUUGAGAGAGCAACAGGCACGAAUUCAGGUGAAAAACUACGAUGCUCCGCGUUUACAGGGUGAAAAAUGAUGGAUUUUGAGCUAAAAACGAUACUCCACGUUUACGCGGUCAUUUUCCAUGAUUUUUAGCUCAAAAUGCAUCAUUUUUCGAGCUGUAAACGCGGAGUGUCGUUUAAAAUCCAAAAUUUCUCCAGGCUAAAGCUGCUGAAGAAGAAAUGGCGGUGAAAAAUCGCCUCGCAGAGAUCGAACGUCAACUUCGAGCCAUUGAUCGAGAAGAUCUGGGUUCAACAUCGAUGGAACACGAAUUCGAGCGACGCGAAAUCGAAUUACGACAACGAGAGGCGCGUCUGAAACAGAUGGAAGAGGAAUUUUGGAGAAAUCGAAGUUCUGGGUGCGUUUUCCGAUGGUUUUGAUGGAAAAAUCGAGAUUUUUGAGGUUUUUUUACCCGGAAAAUCGCGAUUUUUGAGGUUUUUUAACCCAAAAAUCGAAAAAAUCUAGUAUUUUCUACUAUUUUCCCGCCUAAAAAUCAUGGGGGACUAGUUUUCCCCCAAUAUUUUUCUAGGCCAGCUAGCAAAAACCACUAUUUAAACGACACUCCGCGUUUACACCUGGGUUUUUUUGCGUGUUUGAUUAUUUUUUAGAUCUAGGACAAGGUUCUAGGCCUAGAUCAGGAAGAUCAGGGCCAGUCUAGAUCUAGGCUAGAUCUCAAGCCUGGAUGUUCUAGAUCGAGUCUAGAUCUAGAUCUUAAGCCUAGAUUUCAAGGUCAGGCCUAGAUCUAGAUCUCAAGCCUGGAUGUUCCAGAUUCCAGCCUAGAUCUAGAUCUACCAUCAGAUCUGAAGCCUAAGCCUAGAUUUCAAGGUCAGGCCUAGAUCUAGAAUUUAAGCCUGGAUGUUCUAGAUCGAGUCUAGAUCUAGAUCUACCAUCAGAUCUGAAGCCUGGAUGUUCUAGAUCGAGCCUAGAUCUUUCGAUAUUUCCAGAUCUACUAGAUAUUCCCCACCACCAACAACUUCAACACAUCCGAACUUCUCCUCCGAUCCUUAUUACUAUCAAAAUCCGAAUUCUUUCCAAUUCGCUCCGCCCAUCUACGAAAAUCCGAUAAAAAUCUCGUCCGCUUCCAACAAAAAACCGGCUGCCAAACACAUGAAACGAAGAGGUUUUCACUCAUUUUUUUUUUUGAAUAUCGAUUUUUGGCGCCAAAAAUUGCGCAUUUUUCGCGCCAAAACGUGGAUUUUUUUUUGCAAAUUUUCCAGAUGCCGCUGCGCCUUUCGAAGAUGAUGAUCUGACCAGAAAUCAGAGACGGCAGCGACGAAAGCGGACAUCGCAGGAGAAAUUGGAGCGAGAGCAAGGUGGUGAGUCGAAAAACUACGAUACUCCGCGUUUACACCUCGAAAAUUGGUGGAUUUUGAGCCGAAAUCCGUUGUUUUCGAGGUUUUUAACGAUGCUCCGCGUUUACACCGCGAAAAAUGAUGGAUUUUGAGCCGAAAUCCGUCGUUUUGAGGUUUUAAACGAUACUCCGCGUUUACGCUGUCCGAAAUCAGUAAUUUCGAGGUUUUAAACGAUGCUCCGCGUUUACGCUGUCCGAAAUCAGUAAUUUCGAGGUUUUAAACGAUGCUCCGCGUUUACGCUGUCCGAAAUCAGUAAUUUCGAGGUUUUAAACGAUGCUCCGCGUUUACGCUGUCCGAAAUCAGUAAUUUCGAGGUUUUAAACGAUGCUCCGUGUUGACACCUCGAAAAAUGAUGGAUUUUGAGCCGAAAUCUGUCGUUUUUCAGGUUUUAAACGAUACUCCACGUUUACACCUCGAAAAAUGAUGGAUUUUGAGCUCGGAAUCGUGGAGUAUCGUUUAAACUAAGUGUAAUUGCGGGAUUUUUGAUCUACCACCAUUUUUUUGUUUGUUUGUAUAAUGAAACUACGACACUCCGCUUUUACACCUGGAGAGAAUUCCACGUGGAAGAUUCUUUUGAAGGUGUAAUUCUGGAGCGUUGUAGUUUUUGUGUCCUACGACACUCCGCCCAUUACACGUGGCGUUUUUGCCACCUGAAACUACGAAACUCCACGUUUACACCUCGAAAUUGUUUGCAGCAAAACGCUCGAACUUCUACGAUCAUCUCGAUCCGAUCAGCGACGAUGAUCAGGAUCAGAAUCAAUAUCAACAUCAAGAUCCGUCGAUUAUGGUGACAAUGCCGCAUCAAAUGAGAGGUACAACGAUGCUCCGCGUUUACACCGUGAAAAAUGACGCAUUUUCAUUUUUCGAGGUGUAAACGCGGAGUAUCGUUGGAAUUUUGCAGAUUUCAAUGAGGCUAGACGUCCAAGAUAUACACCGCCGAAGGAUUUGGUUUAUGUACAGGUGAUUUUGGGGGGCCGGGCCUGAAUCGGGCCUGAAAAUGGGCCUGAGAAAGGCCUAUAAGGAAACCUCUAAAUUAGGGCCUUAAAGAUGCCUUAAAUUAGGCCUAAAAUAGGGCCUUAAGGCCUUAAAAUGAGCGUUAAAAGGCUUUAAAUAAGGCCUAAAAUAUACCUUAAAUUAGGCCUAAAAGGCACUGAAUCUAAGCUUAAAAUAGGGCCUUAAAAAGGCCUAAAAUAGGGCCUUAAACAUAGCCUUAAUUAGGGCCUUAAGGCCUUAAAUUAGGCCUUAAAUAUACCUUAAAUUAGGCCUAAAAUAGGGCCUUAAAGAAGGCCUAAAAUAGGGCCUUAAAUAUACCUUAAAUUAGGCCUAAAAGGCCAUGAAUCUAAGCCUAAAUAUACCUUAAAUUAGGCCUUAGAUAUACCUUAAAGGAAGCCUUAAUUAGGGCCUUAAAAUAUGCCUUAAAUUAGGGCCUUAAGACCUUAAAAUGAGCCUUAAAAAUUUUUCUAACAAAAAAAAAUCAAUAAUUUUUAUCUUAUCAAUAUUUUUCCCGAUUUUUUUUCCAAAAAAAAAUUUUCCGAUUUUUUCAGGUUUCCGAUGAGGAAGAUCAAUAG